AAAGUUCAAAAUUACUAUAUACAUAGUAUGUUUUUUUACUGAGGAAGUUUUGUUGAACAUUCUGGGCGCUCUGAUAAAUACACCUAAGUGUUAUUUCUAUGCGUGGCUUAAUUUUGAGGAUAACUUGAUGUGCUUAAUGAAGUAUAAAGUGUGUAUUUAUGUGCUAAAAGAUGUUUUUUUUUUUUUUUUUUUUUUCCUCCCAAACCUUUCUGAACAGUUUUUUGGUUUGCCCCCAAAAGCUUUUCUUUCUGAUCUUAUGGUUGCUGGGAAAAGUUUUUGUGAAGAGGACUGUUCAAGGUUGAAAAGAAAACACUCCUCCCUUCAUGAGGAGGAUUUGCACCAUUAUUGCUUCUCUUCAACAUAUAUAUUGGCAUUACUUCAUGAUAGUCUUGGAAUUGGUUUGGACGAUGAUAGUACGUACACCGAACGUGUGUUCAAAACUGGUGCAAUGAGAAGGGGGAUAUUACUUGUGAGAUUUGCCAUCAG